GCUCCGAGCGCGGGGCAGCGCGGGCUGCGGGACUCUGUCCGCGGGCUCAGUGCUGCUCCGGCCCGGCCGAGCUUGGGGCGAGCGGCCGGCAUGGCCAGAGCCCGCCCCGCACCGUGAUGUGGCCACAGGAGGGGCUUGCUGSCCUCCAGCUCCUGUCUCUCCCCGAAGGGGUUUAGAACAGCCACUCGACACUUGUCAUGGAAUUACAGAAAACUACCUCCAGGCCGUACAAUGCUGCUCUCCUGCUGCCACUCUUCCUCUUGUUUUGGGGAACUUCAUACUCUGACAAUGACAGUGGCUGUUCCUCAUCCCCCUGUGAGAAUGGGGGGAGCUGUAAGGAUUUGGGAGUGGGUUACCAGUGCAUCUGCCCCGUGGAGCCUGUAGCCUACAUGGGCGUAAACUGUGAACUGCUUUAUGAUGCUUGCAUUAAACAUGACUGUCCUGCCCACAUGAGCUGCAUCCGGACUCCRGGACUGCUGGAAUAUGAAUGUGUGUGUACACCUGGCUCCACGGGCRCUGCCUGUGACAAUGUGGACGAGUGUGAGAGCAGCCCUUGCACAGACCCUCGKUUUGAAUGUGUAGACAGCAUGAGUGGAUACACCUGUAGGUGUAGGGGAGAAGGCUGCCAAACAGAAAGCUCCGCCUGCUCCAGCCAGCCCUGCCUGAACAACGGCACGUGUGUCCCGGCUCCGGGCGGCUACAGCUGCCUCUGCCAGCCCGGCUUCAGCGGCGCCACGUGCGGGGACGACAUCGACGAGUGCGCGUCGGGGCCGUGCCGGAACGGUGCCAUCUGCAGGGACAGGGCGGGCGAGUACAGCUGCUUCUGUGUGCCCGGCUUCCAGGGCUCCAACUGCGAGAUCGACAUCGACGAGUGCGCGUCCCGGCCCUGCCACAACCGCGGCACCUGCCUCAACCACAUGGACCACUACGAGUGCCACUGCGUGCCCGGAUACACAGGUGUGAACUGUGAAACYGAAAUAGAUGAAUGUGCUUCAGACCCUUGCCAGAAUGGGGCCCUGUGYAAUGAUCAUGUCGGGUUCUACACCUGCACCUGUGCACCGGGUUAUGGAGGAAGCCAGUGUGAGGUGGACAUCAAUGAAUGUGAGAGCCAGCCAUGCCAGAACAAUGGGACAUGUCAGGACCUCAUUAACAGCUACCACUGUGACUGCAGUGACACCGGCUUUGAGGGGACCCACUGCGAGCUGGAGAUCCUGGAGUGUGCCUCUGACCCCUGCCACAACGGUGCCACGUGCCUGGAGGGAAUCAAGGGCUACAGCUGUGCCUGCUGGCCAGGYUACACUGGGCAGGACUGUGAGGAGGAUGUGGAUGAGUGUGUGACAGAGCCCUGUCACAACGGUGGCCUGUGCCUGGAGCGCUCCAACCCAGCCCACUACGGGACACAUCCCCACUUCCCCAGCAACUUCAGCUACAGCCAAGCAGCUGGGUUCCUGUGCCAGUGCCAGCCAGGCUUUACAGGGGAGACCUGCUUUACCAACAUCGAUGAGUGUGAGUCCCAGCCCUGCCAGAAUGGAGGGCUCUGCCAGGACCUGGUGAAUGGUUUCCUCUGCCAGUGCCUCCCUGGUUACUCAGGUGUGGAAUGUGCUGUUAACAUCAAUGAGUGUGAGGAGGGUCCCUGCAAGAAUGGAGCUGUCUGUGAGGAUGGCAUUGCUGACUAUUCCUGCCACUGUGCCCCUGGCCAGGAUGGCAUUACGUGGGGAGGGAAGAACUGCUCUGUCCAGCUCACUGGGUGCCAGAAGCACGACUGCCAAAACGAGGCCUUGUGCAUCCCAACCUACCAAGCUGAGAGCCACGGCCACCUGUGCCAGUGCCAGCCUGGUUUCUCUGAUGCCACGUGCUCGACACCAACAACGUUUUCCUUUGCUUCCAGAGGGUAUCUCCUCAUUGAGCUGCCCGAGAACAGUGAGAGCAGGAGGGRCACAGGAGGAGCCAGCGUGUCCCUCCGCUUCCGAACCACCUUGCCCAGCGCUGUCCUUUUUUACCGAGGCCGUGAAGCCGAGUACUUGUUCCUGGAGCUCUUGGAUGGCAUCCUGCAUGCAGAGCUGAGGAGGGAGGAUGUUGUGUACCCGCUGCUCCUCGAGGGGCUGAGAGUGGACGAUGGCCAGUGGCAUAAAGUGGAAGUUGUUGUGCACAGCACGGUGCAGCUGAAGCUCUGGCACGACUCUUGUGAGGCCGGGGUGUGCCUGCAGAGCUCUCCUGUCCCACCAGGCACUGCUCUGAUCCCACAGGCCUUCCUGAAUCUCUAUAUUGGAGGUGCUGAGGAUCCCGUGGCCAACAACACACGGAGCCAGCAAGGCUUUGUGGGCUGCCUGGAAGACUUGCAGGUGGACACUGAGGCCGUGCUGCCGGCGGAUCUGCCACUGGGGGAGUCGUCCCCGGUGAAGCCGGGCUGUGACCGCACCGAGUGGUGCCUGUCCCAGCCCUGCUCCCACGGAGGGCUCUGCGUGGACCUUUGGGCCACCUUCAGGUGUGACUGUGCCAGGCCCUACGGGGGCCCAGACUGCUCCUAUGAGCACCCAGCAGCAACAUUUGGCCUAGAGAAUUCCACCAGUUUUGCCUCUUUCACCCUUUCCGACGGCCUCGGUGCAGAUUUCAACCUCUCCUUUUUCCUGCGGAGUCGCAAACCCGAGGGUUUGUUACUGCAGAUCUGCAAUGGGACAGGCCCCUGCCUCACCCUGUACCUGARGGACGGCCAACUGCACGCAGAGAUGUCCCCUACGGACACUGUGACCUUGCCAGGGAAUGUGGUUGAUGGCAGAAGACAUUUGGUAGCCCUGUCUUUCCAAGGAGGCUCUGUUGGUGCUCUGCAGUCAGACACGUUCGUGGAGCUGGGGCAGCUCCCAGCACUGCCCUUGGCAGAGGGCUCAGAGGUGUUCAUUGGGGGACACCCCAACCCCGACAGUGCCCAGCUCUGGGGGGGCCAUUUCAAGGGCUGUUUGCAGGACAUCCGACUCAACAGCCACCAGGUACAGUUCUUCCAGGUGGAGAAUGACAGUCUGCCAGAGGAACUCAACAGGACUCAAACUGGAAAUCUUGUGAAUGGCUGCSUCUCUGAUGACACCUGCAAGUCUGAGCCAUGUCAGAAUGGGGGCAGAUGCAUUGUCACUUGGAAUGAUUUCCAUUGCAGCUGUCCAGCAAAUUUCACUGGGAAAUUUUGUGAGGAGAAAGUUUGGUGCGAAAGUGACCCAUGUCCUGAAGCCACCACCUGCACAGACGUUGUGGCAGGAUAUGUGUGUCUGGCUAAUGCAACAUUCAAUAGUUCUGCUGCCAUUGAAUUUACCACCAACACAUCAGUGAGCAGAACUCUGAGCAGCCUCCACGUGGACUUCAGGACCAGAGAUGAAGAUGCUGUUUUGCUUCGGGCUGGGGAAGAGGUGGAUUCCCUCCAGGUAGCCAUUAAGAAUUCCUCCCUGCUGGUCGACAUCAGGAGUGGGAACAGCAUCGAGGGCGUCAGCUUCCUGAGCCUGCAGCCCGUCACAGAUGGGGCCUGGCACAGCAUCUCCGUGUCCAUGGAGGAGCCGGCCGCGCUCUCCUCCAGGUGGCUGCUCCGCUUGGACGGCUCGGUCAAUGUGACUCUGCCGGGAAACGCCGGCAACUUGGACUUCCUCAAGAACAACGCCUCGGUCGUUCUGGCCGAAAAUUUCACCGGCUGCCUGGGCAAGGUGCAGAUCGGGGGCAUCUUCCUGCCCUUCCCGGCGCACCAACCGUACCCUCAGCCCGAGCAGUUCCAGAGGGCCGGCGGGGGCAGCGUCCAGCUGGGCUGCUCCGGGGCCRACGUGUGCGCCUCCAGCCCCUGCCUCAACGCCGGCACCUGCCAGGACCUGUUCAACUCCUUCCGCUGCGGCUGCAGCGCGGGCUGGGCGGGGCAGCGCUGCGAGGCCAACAUCGACGACUGCCAGCCCAGCCCCUGCGUGCACGGGGACUGCGUGGACGCCGUGGCAGAUUUCCAGUGCGAGUGCUUCCGCGGCUUCAUCGGCAAGAGGUGCGACAUCAACGUGGACGACUGCGUGCGGCACCAGUGCCUGAACGGAGCCACCUGCGUCGAUGGCGUUUACGGSUACUCCUGCAAGUGCCCUCCUCAGUACUCCGGACCUCGCUGCGAGUGGCCAUUCCCCCCUCAGCAGUGUGGCAAGAACUUCACCUGCCUGAAUGGUGGCAGAUGCAUCACUGAGAGCUGGGGAGCCAACUGCUCCUGCAGGCCUGGCUUCACUGGAAGGAACUGUCAAAUCAACAUCAACGAGUGUGACCCGAACCCGUGCCAGAACGGGGGCACGUGCCAGGACUCAGAGAACAGAUACGAGUGCGUGUGCAGCGCCAGCUACACCGGCGAGCGCUGCGACAUCAACAAAGGGACUCCAGGUGCUCUCUUCCCCUCCCCAUUAAUUGAAGUAGCUGUCCCUGUAGCCUGUGGCUCUGUGCUGCUGCUCAGUAUUGGUCUCAUAUUCAUGAUUCUCACGGCAAGGAAGAGGCGCCAGUCCGAGGGGACCUACAGCCCGAGCCAGCAGGAGGUGGCAGGAGCUCGGCUGGAGAUGGACAGUGUCCUAAAGGUGCCACCCGAAGAGCGCCUAAUCUAGGCCCUGCCGUGCCCAGGACUGCACCUGCAAGGUCUGCCUGGACCUUGAGCUCUUCCAGCCCUGGCAGCAGCAGAUGCACCCAUCCCCUUCCCCUAAGGCUGCCCAUGAGGACACGGACGUUCCGCGCGGUGCCCGAGCGCGCCAGCCCGGCUGUGCCAUCACUGCUGUGUGCCAGUGGCUCCCAGGGAGCCUCUGCCCUGCCCUGGAGUGCCCAUCGCUCACCCAGCAGCAGCUGAAGGCACUCUGGCUCCAGCCCCUCCAGGCACCAGUGGCACAUUAAAUCUGCUUUCCAGGGCAGGGUAAAUCGAGGCAUCUGUGCAGCUUCAGCUCCCCCGGUCCCUCAGGAGCUGAGGAGGGWCACAGCUGGUUUGUGUAUUGUGCUCUGGUUUUGUCAACAGCUGAAAAACAUUCAACCUCUUUCAGCUCAGGUGUGUGAGGUUUUCAGAGUCUUCAACAGCAACAGCAACAGCAGCUGUGACCUCCUGCCUUUGACAGCCCCGUGUUACAGGGAAUUGUCAGCAAUGAUSCAAAUCCUUGUAUAAAUCAACAUGGAAUGAUGUGGUGCUGUUAGACAUUCCCACGGCUACCGUGCAGGGAAGGAGCAGGCAGGACUCSGGGCUUUGGGCAGUGCUGGAGCUGCAGGUGCUGGACUUUGGGUGUGCAUGGAGGGGAGAGGGGAGCAGGAAAAGGGUCACCUCCACAUUCCCUGGGCUCUGUGGGACAGGGAGGGGACAGGGGACAGGGAGCUCCUGCCUCCUCAGCUCCUGCACAGCUGAGGGAGGUGCCAGGGCUGAGGGCUGUGAAUGCAGCAGCCGCUGGAAGCUCUAACUCCAUGUUCUACCACAGCAGCGAGUGUGGGCGCACCUCAGCCACUCCUCCGUGGUGGGAGCAGUCGGGGCUGCGGGGGCUGGCCUGCUCCUCGCAGUGGUUGUAGCCACGGCCAUUGCCAUGAAGAGGAGGAGAGCGACUCAGGGAACCUACAGCCCGAGCCGGCAGGAGAAGGACGGGGCUCGAGUGGAAAUGUGGAACGUGAUCAAGAUGCCCCCGACGGAGCGGCUGAUCUGAGCUCACCCACGGGGCUCAUCCAUGGAGCGGCCGCAGGCGCUCGCCCAGUGCUGCGGGUUUGGGGCACAGCUCGGCACGGCUCUGGCACCGGCACUGCCCCCUCCCUCUGCUCCUCCAGGCUCAGAGCAGCUCAUCCCACAAAUGAGCUACACCAAACUGCUCUGGCAACAAAAGCAGCAGCGCUGGGGAGGAAAACCCCACUGYUGAGGGCCAGUGGAGGAGGGGGAGAGAGCAGUGGCUGUGGCAGCAGGGACACGGAACCAGAGAGAACACGGGGCUGUGUCACAGCCAGAGCCRGCUGGGCCCCUGCUCCUGCUGCUCCCACGGCUCACUGCUGGGCAGGCAGCAUAAAAACCACCUGAGGGCAGCUCCAGUGAAYGGGAAUGAAACCACUCUACUUGGAAAUAAUGUGAAUAAUAUGGCUUUUUCCAAAAACCAUGUGCCUGUGGCUCCUCUGAAGGCUAAGGCAGGUGAGUGAGUAGUGGGAAAUCCUUCCUAGAGCUGCUGCUGCCCUUCCAGCUGGGCCAGAGCUGGCAUGGCACUCAGUCCCACUGGGCUCUGCUGGAUGUGGCUGCUGGAGCUUGCCCUGAGACCAGACCAAACCACAGGAAUAUCUGAAGUGCCUUUCUGAUCCCGAGUUGCCAGUUACAGUUUAACCUUUUUGAAAGUAGGAUGUUUCUGCCACCCCCCAAGCAGGGGGUCAGAGCUGACCAUGGCACUGAUCCUUGGGAGAGCCAUGGCUGAGYAUCAGGUGCUCCUUGCUGGGGUGAGGAGAGGAGGAAGAAAUAGUUUUAGAUCUGACCUCUCUGGACUGACAGGUUGGUACAGAUGAGUGGAACWUGGUUAACCAAUCCUUUAACCCACACCAGGGUUGGUGUAGUGACAGUAUCUGCUUUCCUCUGCCCUGAAAUGCGGGGUGAUUUGUGGCUUCACUUCUGUGCUACUGUUUUAGCUGGUGAAUGUGCUGUUUCUUCUUUAGCAUAAUGUGGCAGAAGCUGUGGAAGGAAAYGCAGCACAGCAGGCCAGGUAAGGUCUGAAAUCAUUAGUGUUUCAGGAUAAUCACUACAACUACCAAUGAGGAAUAUUUUAGAACACAGUGUCUGCUUUAUAAUCUCCAAAAUACUAUUAAUAAGCAGGGUGGGAACCUGCCCACCAUAGCUCAUUGCCACAAGAAAAUGCUGUUUAUUCUGGUCUGCUUUUGGAUUUUUUUUUUCUACUGUAGCUGUAAAUGUUUCUGUAGUUCCAGGCAAAGGGAGGAGCAUGGAACUAUUGAUCAGAUGUGUCUGUUSAAGAGCAGGCGUGUCCCUGUCAGAACAGGUCUGCUCACAGGCAGCUGCUGMCAGUAGAAUGGAAAUUUUAGAAAAUACGAAAAACAAAGGAGUGGGAGACAGUAUUUUGUGUGUAAGAUCGCUUUUCCUCUAAUGGUGGAGAAGAGUUGAAGUGUGAUCCCAGCUGGCUGUGUCUGCGACACGCUGGAGCUGGCAGUGGCACAGAGAUGCCCUGGCUGCAGGUGGGCACUGGCUGCUGCUUUUCUGUUCAUCAGUGCCACUGCUGGCACUGCUCCUGGCACUGCUUUGCUCUGGGCAUUUUCCAGCUGCWSUUUGAGGAGCUCCAGUGCACUUUGWGAACAGAGACAGAGGCACUGCCCAGUCUCCUCGUGGCAGUGCGACUCUGGGAGCAAGUGAGGGGCUUUGUGCACAGGAGGGGCUCCAGGGCAGCAGAGCUGUGCCAGGACAGAGGGGAACAAACAGAAACUCCUCCUUGGGAAGGUGAGUGGGGCUCUCUCCCGUUAGGAGCAGUUGGGAGCAUAGCCCUGCUGGGCCCUGAGCUGCCUUGGGAAGGUCGCUGUGGUUUCCUGGUGGCUCUGGGGGCUCUGAGAGUUCCCCYGGGUCACUGCCAGGGCAGCUCCUGCUUUUGCUUCUUCACCCAUUCCACAGUGGGUGUUAAACUGCACAGAAAGGAGGCAGCAGCAGGAUCUCCAAGAGCUGUUCCUCCAGCCUGUGGGAUGCUGAGCUCCAGGCUGUGUUCAGAGCUGCCCGAGCUCCUGCAAUUCCCUGAAGGUACAAACUCCUGCAGCCCCAGCAGCGGCUCCUCAGGGCUGGAUUCCGAGCACCCAAAGCCAGUAUUAGCAAAGGUGUUAAAAUACUCUGUCAGUGUCUUGAGCAUUUCUGCAAAAAAUAAUUUAUGGAAAGUGGGGUUUUUUUUCAAUAAUGAACUUAACUUUCUUUUGAUAUUUAAUUUUUGAAUAUAUUUUUUCACAAAACUGGACUUGCUGUAGUUAAUGAUCAUGAUCCUGAUUUCUUU